AUGGCCCAGGAACAGCCAACGGGCUUUCACCUGGACCUGCGGCCUCGGCAGCAGCUGGCAGUUUCCAUCAGGAUCUGUGGAGAGCUGCGUCAAGCGCUGCUCGAAGCGCAGAAGUGCGGCAGAAGUGCGUCGCUCCGGUUUGAGCAGGACCGCCGAGGGCAG